UCAGGUGAAAUGAUAGACAUCAUGGAAGUUUGUCAAUCCCUCGGUUAUUGAGUGGAAGCGGCCGGAGCAAUAAAAGCGGGUCUAUGACCAAUCAUGCACGAGUGAUUUUUAACCAAUCUCAGAAGUGCGGCUAUUUGGCCUGUGCGGUUUUCAUGGCUUCAAGAAGUGAAGAAUCCAGUGUCAGAUACACGCAAAGCCACCAUUCAAAUCGACACAUCCCGCCUGACCCCAACGUGACCACCACUUUGAGUGAGACAGAACCUCAAGACGCAAAGGGUCACCACGAAGAGAGUUGGCGAGAUAGAAAAAGGAAAAGAAAAAGAAGUGGACUGAGUGGGCUUCCCAGCUUGCAGAGGCUCAACUUUAUUCAAUCUUGUGUCAAACUACCUUUUUCUUGUAGCAUCGCCAAUAGGGGCUCGAUUGCCUGUCAUGUGAAAGAAAGGGUUAAGCCGACGGAAGUCGUGCCCCAUUUGACGAUCAGCCGACCGUGUUUGUCUCGCUCAUAUCUCUCACGGAACAACCCGCCGCUUCUAUAUAAAGUUUGGUUGUCUUGAUGAGAAUGUGGAAAAACGGGGAGCUCAUACCGCAUUGCUUCCCAGUACCUCUGUCACUAAUAGAGUUGAUGUCCGAAAGUCCAAAUGGUCAUCAUAUUUAUCGAUACCACAGGCUCUAUUUUCCAAAGAGGCUCACUCCAGGCAAACAAUGUCUUCCUACGUUACCCACGAUGCUCGAAGUUUUCCUCAGAACAUAGUUUAAUUCCUGUUGCUUAUUCCUCCAUACUCCCCUACUUCAAGUCCAGGUACUGGUUACGACUGGGGAAGCAAGCACCUUUUCAUCUGGUCUUUCUACCUAUCCCAGUAGCCCAUCUCGGAAUUUGACGGGACUUUGCAUGUGAACUUGGGUACGAAUACAAGUACCCUAUACUGAGUUUGCAGAUGAGAGUCGGAGUUUAGUCUCAACCAUAAAUGCCAAGGGCACUUUUCAAGAUAGUGAGGUACUAAAUAAAGUAGGAACCUGACGCUGGCUGGCUGGUCUACCUG